AUGUUUUUCGUAUUUAAUAUCGCUUUUAAUUAUUUCCAAGCUAAGCGUAACGGGGUUACCCCCGUCGAUUUUUUGCAAAUUGGUAACGGUAAUAGUAACGGUAAAAAUAAUAAAGUAACGAAUAACUUUUUUUCGGUAAUUAAUGGUUCCGUAGCUAAGUUUAAAAAAAAGGACGAUGCGCGCUUUUCCGCAAUUUUAACAAAUUCGAUUUCGGUUUUAAGGAUAAGGGCAAUAAUAUGGCCGUUUAAACGUUAUAUACCCAACGUAUUGUUAGUAAUUAAUAAAAUCGUUGGAAGUAAGCAACGCAAUUAUUUAAUUAUAUUUAAAUUGGGGUUACAUGCGUUUUUAAUUUUAGCAAUUUCCAUAAAAUUCCUUUUAUUUGGUUUUGGUAAACGUAAAUCCUUACGUUAUUAUUGCUAA